AUGUCUGACUCGGUCUUCACCCCCGAGGCACUCGCCAACAGCACAUUCACCGACCAAAUCCUAACGAUCGCGCUGACGGGAAAAGAAGUCCGGACCCUCGCACCCAUCUACAUCCCUCUCCCGCUCAAUGCGCUCUUGUUGGGGAUCUUGACGUGGAUGGUAGGGAAAUAUUUCAUGGUCUACGGCAAGACGGAUUCGAGGAUGACGAAAGGGCUGGUGGUGAGCUUGAUGUUGUUGGGGAUGGCUACUACGGGGACGGUCUGCACUUGGACGUUUAGCGUCUUCAUCAAGUACUACGGACAUUGGUACCCGAUGUUCCAGAGUCGUUAUAUCGUACCCCUGUACGGACUCGGAGGAUUUCAGUUCGCUAUUACAAGUACGUGGUAUGCCCACAAAGCCUGGAGGUUAUACAACAACCGUUGGUGGGUUCCUACGAUCAUCCUAUUCUUCUCCGCCGUCAGUCUCUCAGCGGCGAUCGGAACGAUGGUCAGCUUGGGUAGCGUGGAGAGUAUUUUGCAGGUUAGGGAUGAUAUGCGGACUCGGGUCUUCUCUUGUACCUACAUUUUCGGGACCAUCUUGUCGGAUCUCUUGAUUACCGGUCUGAUCCUCAACAAGCUCAUCCGAUCAAAGACCGGUUGGUCGCAGACGGACGCGCUCAUCUCGAAACUCGCAAUCAUGACCAUGGAGUCACAAGCGCCACCGACCUUGUUUUGUCUCGUCGUUGCGGUCCACUUUUCCGUCACCUUCUCGAACGAGCUAGCGUACCCUUACUUGAUGUUAUCGGGGAACGUGUAUGCCAUUUCGAUGCUUUACUCGCUGAACUCCCGAGCCGACUUCAGGGAUCCGUACGCGAUUGAAAAGACCAGGAACGAGGCGAAUACGUACCAGGAUCGAUCGAGGAUCGGAGAACUUACGCAGGUUCGGGUCAACGUUGAGACUCAUGUCGAGGUCUCGGAUAUGCCAGUUCUCGAAGAGAGGAAACGACAUGCCGGUCUUCGUGAUGACGAUAGCGUCGAAGAGUUCGAGAUGGACAAGAUCUCGGGGACUGUGGACGAAGAGAAUGAGCGAUACAAGGAGACGACGAUCAAUCUUGUGUAAUCGAUAUGGGGCUUGUAAAGGGGUUCGAGGCGUGGCUUUUGAGGUUACUUGUUGAGGUAUAGAUAGGAUCAAGUGCUCGUCAUGUCGAAAGACGGUAUUUCGUUUGAGG